AUGGAUAAAGAAAGGGACUUGCUUGAUUUAGUAUUUUCUUGGUCCCUCGAAGACAUUUUCAAUGAAGAUCUUUUCAAAAGCCAGAUGGAAAAGGUUCCACAAUCAUUUGAGUCUGUCCAGAACUAUCUGGGAUCAUUUGUUUGCCCAUUGUUGGAAGAGAUACGGGCAGAAUUAUCUUCGACUAUGGAGGCUAUAUCCAGUGCACCUUUUGCUCAAAUCAUCUCUCUAAAUGAAUACAAACCAUAUCCUACAGCAUCAUUAUUAUAUGAUGUUGAGGUUGGUUUUUGGAGAAAUGGAGGAUCAAGUCGUCAUGGGAAGGAGCCUUACAGAGCUCUUCCCAGUGACAUAUUUGUUUUCACACAAGCCAAGCCUGAAUCUGUUUCUGAUUUGCAACGGUCAGGAAGUGAAUGGGCUUUUGGCACCAUCACUAAAAUAUCUGGGGGGGAUAACAAAAGAAAUGACAUUGCAGCUGCUACCCAUUUCAAUGUUAAAGCAUCCAAGGACCUUAUUAAUAUCAAUGAUGGGAGGAAUUGCAAGGCCUAUAUGAUUUUCUUGAUGAAUAUAACAACUAGCAAAAGAAUAUGGACUGCAUUGCAUAAGGCAGGAAAUGUGGAGGUUAUCAAGAGACUUUUGUGCACUGAGACUCUGGUUGAAGAAAUUUGUAAUCUGUGUCCCAUAGAAAGGAACCAGAUUUUGGAAGAAAAAUUGUUAUGUUUGUCAUCUGAGUUGAAUGAGUCCCAAUACAAGGCAGUAGUCAGUUCUGUACGGAAAAUGCAGUGUGACCACAAGUCUAAUUCAGAACUCAUUUGGGGGCCACCUGGGACUGGAAAAACUAGAACUCUCAGCAUGUUGCUGUGUACCCUCAUUCGUUUGAAAUGUAGGACUCUUAUAUGUGCACCAACAAAUGUGGCAAUCACAGAAGUGGCCUCUCGUACUCUGAAAGUAAUGAGAGAGUCACUAGAGACAGGUUGUGGAAAGGAUGGUUUGUUUUUCCCUUUGGGAGAUAUUUUGUUAUUUGGUAACAAGGAAAAAUUGAAACUUACUCCAGAUCUCCAGGAAGUGUAUUUGGAUUAUCGUGUUGAAAAGCUUGCUGAGUGCUUUGGAUCAGUAGCUGGUUGGAAGGAUUGCUUCACUUCAAUGAUUGAUUUUCUUGAAGGUUGUGUUUCUCAGUAUGAAGCUUUCUGUGUUGAUCAAUCAAUCAAUGAGAAAUGCUGCGAAGGAAGCGAAGAUAGGAAUGUGAUGAGUAAAUCAUUUCUUCAGUUUUUGAGAGACCAAUUUGGGUCUUCUGCUAUUCCACUCAGAAGAUGUGUGUCUGCUCUCUGCACUCAUUUGCCCUUAAAUUUCAUUCAGGAAUUUAAUUUCCACAGCAUGGUGUCACUUAUUGAUUCACUUGAUUCAUUGGAGAAACUGUUGGACCAGAAAGAUACAAGUUUUGAAGAACUGAAGGAGCUUUUUACUGAGUCAGAAUCCAUUGAUGCUUUUGAGUGCAGCUUUUUAUACUUUAGAAGGAAAUGCAUUUCUGCUCUAAGAACUAUACAUUGUUCACUCAAUGAACUUAAACUUCCAAGUGAUAUGAACAAAGAGUCAGUAGUGAAUUUUUGUUUUCAAAAGGCUUCAUUAGUUUUGUGCACCGUUUCAAAUUCAUACAAGCUGCAUUCAGCUGAAAUGGAGCCACUGCGCUUGUUGGUAAUUGAUGAGGCGGCCCAAAUAAAAGAAUGUGAUUCAAUUAUACCCCUAACACUCCCUGGAAUAAAGCAUAUCAUUCUCUUUGGCGAUGAAUGCCAGUUGCCGGCAAUGCUUCGUAGUAAUGUUUCCCAGGAAGCAGGUUUUGGAAGAAGUUUGUUUGAGAGGUUGACCCUCUCGGGUCAUUCAAAGCAACUUCUAAAUAUCCAAUACCGAAUGCAUCCAUCAAUAAGCUGUUUCCCCAAUUCCAAAUUUUACCAAAAUAAGGUCAUGGAUUCUGCAAAUGUGAAGAGCCAAAAGUAUACAAAAUGCUUCCUUCCAGGGCCAAUGUUUGGCCCUUUUUCUUUCAUAAACAUCUCUUGCGGUAGAGAGAUGCUUGAUGAUCAGCGCAGUCGGAAAAACAUGGUAGAAGUGGCAGUUGUUUUGAAAAUAUUGCAUUUGCUUUCUGAAGCAUGCACUGCUUCAAAGAAGAAGCUUAGCGUUGGUAUAGUAUCCCCCUAUUCUGCUCAAAUUGCUGAAAUUCAACAGAGGUUGGGCCGGAAAUAUGAGAAGCAUGAUAACUUUGUUGUGAAUGUGAAAUCUAUAGAUGGGUGUCAGGGUGGGGAGGAAGAUGUUGUAGUAAUAUCAACUGUAAGAUCCUCUGGUAGAGGAUCAAAUAUUGGUUUCAUCUCCAGUCCUCGAAGAAUUAAUGUUGCUUUGACAAGGGCUAGGCAUUGUCUUUGGAUUUUGGGCAAUGAAACAAUGCUGAGUAAUAGUGGAUCUGUGUGGGAUGAACUUAUCUCUGAUGCCAAGGUUCGCCAGUGUUUUUUUAAUGCUGAUGAACAUAAGGAUUUUGAAAAAGUCAUCUUAGAAGUCAAAAAAGAGCUCGAUGAACUGGAUGAUUUCCUUAAUGGGAAUAGCAUGCUGUUCAAGGGUGCCAGGUGGAAGCUGUUGAAAUAUCAGUAA